AUGGUCCAUAGCUCUGGUGAAGAACGGACCGACAUAUUCAAUUGGGCUCUCAAUGUAUUUUUAGUAAAAGUGCUUGAACAACACGGGUCUCGCUGGGCGGUAUUCGGUGUAGCACUCAGCGUCGUGGUAGCCCUUCCGAACGUCGACGGGAAGACACACCGGACGGAUCUUCCAGAUAAUGGAUUCAGAUUUCUUCCUCUCGAUGCGGAGAAAGUAAUCCCUUCAUCGAUACCCUUCGGCGACAGAGCUAUUGAACUCGAGGGAAAUGCGCCUGCGCUGACAAGAAGUUUCAUCGCAUUGUGGACCAUCCUUCCAAUCGUGGUUAUUUCACUAGCAUUUCUUUCAUGGGCGCGGCGGCGGAAAGACCAAGAGCUGUACGAAAGGGUCCUCGAAACAUAUAACUCCCAAAAAGAAAUGCUUGAUCGCACGGAAAGGAUGCACGCCGAAUUAUGCGAGAAGAAUACUGGGAUUCAAGAGUGGAAUUCAGUCCAGUUCCCACCAGAAGGACAACCUGGACAGGAUCCCAACCCCACACCGCCAGACCAGCAAACCAGUGUCCAGAAGUGGCAGUAUCCAUCGAUCCACAUCCGCAAGAUACGCUUGGACCAGCCUUCGUAA